AUGGCCCAGCUAACGGUCGUCUCCCCCCUCCUAUGCUCGCUCUCUGUCUCUCCGGCCCCACCACCCUCUCUCUCCCCUCUCUCCCAACUCAACCGCGCCCGCGCCCCCAACUCAACCACGCCCGCGCCCGCAACGCCGCCGUCGAACACCGCCGCCGCCCGGACGCAGCAGCCACCCACCCCGUCGCAGCACCACCCCGCCACCCCAGAGCCCUGCGGCCCCGUCGCCACCACCGCCCGGCCAGCGCCGCCCCCCACGCUGCCACCGCCCCACCCCGCCGCAGCACCACCCCGCCGCCCCGGAGCCCUGCGGCCUCGUCGCCACCACCGCCCGGCGCCCCCUCCGCCCGACCAGCGCCACCCCUCCGCCCGGCCAGCACCACCCCGCCGCCCCGAAGCCCUGCGGCCCCGUCGCCACCACCGCUGGCGCCCCCUCUGCCCGUCCAACGCCCCUCCGCUGCCAAGCAACCUCGCCGCCCGGCGCCCCUGGGCCUGCCGCAGGUGUUGA